AUGGGCGUGCCCACAACCCCGGAAGGACUUCCUUUGGACGACCGCUCAAAUGCGCUCAAGAUACCCAUCAUCACCUUGAUCAUUUUCAGUUCGAUAUUCGUUGUGCUUCGUUUGGGCAUAAAUUGGAGGAACAGGAACUACUUUCUAUUGACAGAUCAUCUCUUAUGGACGGGGCAAGUCAUAGCCGUAGCGGGCGCAGCAUGCUGCUACAGGAUGGCAGAGGUCGGAGGUGGCAGGCACAUCUGGGAUCCCAUAUUGACACCCGAAAACCUGGAAACAUACCUCUACUACCUAUGGUUGGGUCAAUUGCUCAAUCUCUAUGGCAUGGCCUUGGUCAAGCUGAGUGUCUGCGCCUACAUCUUCAUGUUGGACUUUUCAAGAACCUUCCGGAUCGUUAUAUGGGCUUCAGUCGUUAUCCAUCUUCUCGUCAACUUCGUCUUUCCUACAGUCAUCCUAUUCGGCGAAUGCACACCAUACACGAAGCAUUGGGACGUGUCUGGCACUAAGCCCGGAUCCUGCUGGAGUGCGACACCACGAGUCGUCUCCGGAUACUCUGGCGCUGCAGUCAACAUAUUGACAGACUUGCUCUACACCAUGGCUCCGCUCAUCUACAUUGCGAGGGUGCAGCUUCCCAAGCGAACAAUCUGGGGUGUUCGCGCAGUGUUUCUGUGCGGUCUCAUCACAACCACCAUCUCCGCACUGAAACUCUACGAGAUGAAAUCCUUGAACGAGUCGCCCGACCCUACCUACACAGCCGUCAACCUCAGCGUUUUCGCAAUCGCUGAAGUCUUCGUUGGCGUCUUCACAGCCAGUCUUCCACCGCUUCGUAAGACGUUCGAGAACCUUCUUCGCAAAGUUAUUCCUACCAGUAUCACAGGAGGAUCAGGGAAGGGAUCAAGACAAAGCUAUGCGCUUCAAGUAACGGGGCCUCAAAUGAGUGGGAAGUCAUCGAAGCGGAAGAAUGAGACAGAUGACGACAGUGAGCUCGGUAUACUGCCAAGCGAUGAGGUCAUCAGUGAGAGGAAAGGGUCUGAUCAAGCGAUUAUGAAAACCACACACGGGCUGCACCCCACACCUAGCCGAGGUACAUCGAUCAUUGAUCAACAAGCCUCACCUGCACCUCGACCUCCUCCCAUCAACAUGUCGAAGUCAUCCAAACCAUAUCAUCGCGAUCUUCAGUUCCGCGGCUUCGCGGAAGGUCUUACCUAUAUCGACGGCGACAGCCAAGCACAGUGCCACUAUUUUGGAGGCGUUCCGUAUGCCCUCCCACCCGUCGGCCCCUUUCGCUUCCAGAAGCCGCGGUCGCUACCACCGUGUUACCGCUACGGAACGAAAGCGAACCCUGGGCGAUACGCAGGCGGCUGUGGAUUUUGCCCACAGCCAGGGUCCAAUACAGAAGUUCUUGACGAACCUGCAUGGGACGAAGAUUGCUUACAGACCAAUGUUUGGAUUCCAGCUGGUGAAUCGCCAGCGGAAGGUUGGCCGGUGCUAUUCUGGAUUCAUGGCGGGUUCCUGCAAUGGGGUAGCCCGAACGGUCUCGAUCUCCGUGCGCUAUUCAGCGAAUCCCCCACCCAAUGCAUCGUCGUCGCUCCCGCCUACCGCCUAAAUGUAUUCGGGUUUCUUGCAUCACAGGAGAUUAUUGAUUCAUGUCCGGAUUUUGGCGUCAAUCUCGGCUUCUGGGAUCAGCGAAUGGCUUUGCAAUGGACGUAUGAGAAUGUUAGCUACUUUGGCGGGAACGCCUCGAACAUCACCAUCGGCGGAUACUCGGCAGGUUCGCAUUCUGUUUUCCAUCAGCUGUCGUACGAUCUCGGAUUGCCCGACGAUAAGACUAUUGUGAAGAGGGCGUUGAUGCUGUCAAAUGGCCCAGGUAUGCAACCAAAGGGUUUGGCUGAGGCGCAAGAUCAGUUCGACGAACUUUUGAAGGCUUUGGAUUUCGAUUCAGACAUGUCGCCAGCUGAGAAGUUGGCAAAACUCCGCGCGUUAAGCCCGCGCGCGGUCGUGGAAGCGAGCAAUAAGAUUAAGCAUCACCAGUUUCGCGCAGUCACGGAUGGGUCGUUUGUGCGGCAUGGUCUUCUCGAAGAGCUGUCAAAUGGCGCCUACGCAGAGCGCAUGAAGCGUCGCAACAUCAAGCUUAUCAUUGGCGAAUGCAGCGACGAGCAUUUUGUCUAUGGUCUUUGGCGACCACCUAAACCAGGUUUCGACAACAUGCUGUACCGCCUUGAAGCUGACUAUCCUCGCGAGGCAUGCAAGGUGUUGAUGUCGCAUUAUUUUCCAAAUCGCAAGCUGCCGUCAAGGUACACGAGCUGGCAGGCAGCCUUCGGUCAUAUCUACGCUGACGUGCAGAUUCACGCACUGCGUCGUGGGAUGGUAAAUGCGUUGGUAAAGCAUGGUGCGGGAGAUCUCAUCCACAGAUACCGCAUCGAGUGGCGAGCGCAAUGCGUUGACAAAGAGUUGCCCAAACACUAUGGUGCUAGUCAUGGGUCCGACAUGGCGAUAUGGUUUUGGGGCAACGGUAGUGAUCUGACUGCAGAGGAGAAAAAAAUCGCAUCGAAGGUAUUUCACGAACCGUUGAGCAGGUUUCUGAAGAGAGGAGACAUGGUAUGGGGUACACAGAAUGCGAUGCAGCUGAGGACUUUGAAAAGUGACGGCCACGUCGCCAUCGAAGAAGACAUUAGACUAGACGAGGGUCUGAAGUUGUGGAAUGCGCUCAAGACAGCUGGCGCUACUGGCGACCCCAAGGGCACGGCAAAGCUGUGA